CAGAGACCUGCCUUAGCACCCUUGUCGAUACUGAAGACAUCUAGCAGAGAUAAUAUAAUUGUAUCACCACCAGCCAGUAAACAUCUGAAGUCAUGGGUGAUGUAAAUUCUCAUGAGGGGAGGCAAUCAGCGGAAGAAGACAUCCCCCAUUCACCUCAGCGUGGUCCAAGGGGACGUUAUAAUGAUGUCCAAAGACUCAACUACACUACUGUGGAGAAUAUCAACUUCAACAGGGACCAUGCCAAGCAUAAGCCAGCCCAGCGAUCAUUUUCACUGCCAGCUAUCCCUGUCAGUGACCAGUACAGGUUAGGUCAGGUGUCGGUCAAGCAGUCUUCUGCAACUGGUGUAGAUCACAUCAGGCAGCUUGCUGAAGCAUCUCAGACCCGGCCUCGUUUCAUGAGUGUUCAAGAAGCUCUGAGUGAGGAAGACUGGACAUGUCGUGCCAGUUUACCAUUUGUAAGAGGCGAAGCUGAUGGCAAACCUGAUCAAUCCACACAUGAGCAGCAUGAGACCUGGGCCAUUGGUGACCCUUUCCCUGAACAGUGUGGACCUGAAAAGGAUCAGUUUGGACCAACUCUGUCCAAUCUGGAUCACCAAAUUGAACCUGACCAGUUUGAGUUGGCUGCUGAAACUCCUUACAAUCCAGCAUCACAGGACAAAGAGAAUAGUGCUUUUCCAAAAGAUGUGGUCAGUGAAGACGGAUGUUUUCCGAUUGAAGGUCUGAAAGAGCAGGACGUCUUGGAAGUGUUGCAGGCUCUUGGUGCUGAUACAGAUGAGGAUCCUUUUGACAGUCCUCUCUCCUCCUUACCUAAUGAGACGGAGUUGUGUCAGGUGGAGCAGUCAUUGACUACUGAAGCUGAGCUGCGUGAUCUCCAUGUCAAUGACAAUGAGCUGCGUUUCCUUGAGAAAGAGCUAGACGUUGAGGGGAGUCACAUGCAGGAAGUGGCCAAUCACUGCGAGGCACUUCCCGCAUCUAUGCUGCUGCCUUCAGAGCCAAGAAGCUGGGAGCCUCAAGAUGUACACCAAGAUGCAACCCUGCUGCCUGGCUCAGGACAAGACAACAGGCAGAUACAGCCUGAGGUGACUUUUGAGACUCCAGCUCGUGGCCCUGUCACUCCAUGUCAAGUAGCCAAUCAGGAAGCCUGGGACAUCUUACGACAGCUGGACGAGGAAGAGCGUUGGACUGAGCGUGUGCAGGUUGUCACUCGCCAGGACCACGAGGAGUACACACAUUUCGCUCGGGAAUUCUUGGAAGAGAUAAUUGAUAAUUUGCCAAUCAGAGAGUCAUCGGCAUCCCCAGUGGUGCCAGUAGACGCCAACCUGCCCUCCGAAGAAUCUGCCACGGCUGAAAAAGAAAAAACAGUGGACUUUAGAAGUUUCUGUGAAAUACAGGAGGAACAGAAGGAAAACUUGCCUCCACCUGCUCCAGAGCAAACCUCCAAAAUGGAGGAAGGGUUCCCUAAGACAGGGAAAAACAUCUAUGACGUGAGUGAUGAGGACCUCCAGAAUAUGAAUCCCUUCCAGACAGGGUCCAAGCUACAGAACUCGCCCCCGCUACCAGCCAGUAAGAAGUCUGCUGCACCAGAGUUUAACUACGAUGACAUCAAGGAUCCAUUUGGGACAUCCAGUAAAAUCCAGAACUCACCUAAGAGAUCGCCUAAGAAUGCUGUCCACAAUGCAAGCACUGAGUUUGAGUUUGACGAAACUCAAGACCCAUUUACACCUACGAACCAGAUGCAGAAUUCCCCACAGACAUCACCCAAACUCACAAUCAACAACGCAAGUUCUGAGAUUGCCUUCGAUGAUGAAACAUAUCCCUUCAAGCCAAAGAACCAAGUAGAAAAUUCACCUCAAAUUUCUCCCCCAAAUGCUGCCAACAACAACAGCUCAGAAAUCAAUUUUGAUGACAUCAAAGACCCGUUUGCAACCACAAGUCAAAUUCCUAAUUCCCCCGAGGUGUCACCCAAGCAAGAAAUUGAUGAGUCAAAUUUGGAGACCAACUUUGAUGGAGUUCAAGACCCAUUUUCCUCCAAGAAAUCGCUGCAGAACUCUCCAGAUUCUUCACCUAAAAAUGUUACCAGAAAAGCAAGAUCGACACCCAAGGGUCGAACCCCAACAAAGGCAUCUAAGAAAUCUCCAUCACCAAAGUCCAGUCCCUCCAGUUCCUCGGUCACCAAGAGUAAUGACUCCAUGACUGCUGACGGCGAUAAUGUUGAUAAUAUUGCCACUCAGAAACCCACUCUGGAAGUCACUCCCUUACCUAGAGAAGAGGACUCGGAUUAUCAUUCAGGGCAGAUCAAGACAGACAAGAAGUACGAGCAGUUUAUGGAGUCUGAAGAGUUUGUACUUGCCCCAGAAGAAGCCUCAGGAGUCAAACAGGGUAACCAGGUGGAAAAUGAAGAUUUCAGACCAGCCGAAGAAGGCCUUACUGUACGAGGCCUGCAAAGGGAUAUAAGCUUUGAAGAGAUGGAAUUUCGUUUGGCGGAGGAAGCUGUUGCUCGUGGUCACAGCCAGCUUCUUGAAUUCACCAGAUUUCAUGGCCUUUCCAUCCAAGAAGUGUUUGCCAGUGCAGAUCCUGCUGCAUUUGAUGUUGACUUCCUAGAAAAGGCUGGCGGUUCCAGUUCGUUUCAGGAAUCGGCGCUUGCAAGACAGUCACUGUAUGUGAAAUUUGACCCCUUAGUCAAUGCACCUGCUGGUGGUGGAGCUAAGGGUUUACUCCCAACUGUCUCAGAACCUAUGAUUCAAGAGGACGAUGAGGAUGAUCUCCUACAGAUGCAAACUCCGCCCACAGUGACCAGCACAAGACAAUCAUCCAAGAUCCGAGAGAAGGCAAUGAUACAGAGUGCCAGUAAGGCAAAUACUGAGGGGCGGAGUGGAAUGACAGAGGGGGUGGAUAGACUACUCGCCUUCAGCCCUCCUAGAAAUCAAGAUUCUCAGGGUACUGAUGAUGUUGAUGCUGAUGGACCCAAGUUGUCUGCCUCGUUAAGUGUUGAAGCAGAGGAUGAAGGCAUUGUUCAGCCUUUACGAUAUUCACAAGCUGAUUUGGAUGCUGCCAUCAAGGAAGCCAUCAAAACUGUACAGAAACAGAACAACAAGGAAAUCAACCAGUACAAGAAAAAGGUUGAAGAAAAGGAGAAGACGAUUGCUGCACAGAGUGCUAAACAAAAGGAAACUGACCAAACCACAGAGAACCUCAGUGCCCUGGUGACGCAGUAUGAGAAAGCAAUGCAGCAGAUGAUGGGUGAUAUCAACAAGGCCAAAGACAGCUCCCAGGAAUCAGUCGCCAGCAUCCUGAAGGAGAAGGAACAAGCUUUGGAAGAUCUAGCCUCGGUAGAGAAUGCUUUCAGUGACCUACAUCGACGAUACGAGAAACUCAAACAGACUGUAGAGAGUUAUAAAAAGAAUGAAGAGGUUCUGAAGAAGUGUGUGUCAGAUUACCAGGCCAAACUCAAGAAGCAAGAGCAGAGGUACCAGACACUUAAAACACACGCUGAGGAGAAGAUUGAAAAAGCCAACAAUCAGAUUGACAUGGUUAAGAAGAGCUAUGAGGGAGAGUUGAGUGCCCUGCAGGCCGCAGUCAAGAGAGAGAUUAUGAAGGUGGAGAGUAUGGAAAAGACUAUCGAACAGAAGACCAAGGAGAACGCUGAGCUGACCAGUAUCUGUGAUGAACUCAUUGUAAAGAUUGCAGACAAUAAAUAGGACUGCGAACUUGCCAGUUAGACAGUUAACUACAGUGACAUACGUUUGCUGGCGGGAGGGUUUUGGUCGCCUGAAAUGAGUUUCGCUGGUCGACUUUUUCUUGUUACCACUUCAUGUAUUUAUCUCUUGGAGUAUGCAUUGGCAUGAAAUUCUCAAAAGUGUUUGUGAAAGUUCCAUCCACUAUUGUAUUUUUUACAUGAGCAAAUUAUCUCAGUGUUACAGUUGUGUGGUAAUGGUGUGAGGAACCUAACUCUCUGGGUCACCUUAACCUGGUACAACAAAUUGGAAGAACAGCAUCAAAAUCUUUGACCAGAGCUGAAGUUAGUUAGAAUCCAUUCCAACCUCAAGACUACCCACUCAGAAUUGUAACAGCCUGUCAGGAAGAUUGUACAAAUCACCCUUGGUGCACUCUGGCAAUGGAAGGAACGUUGUUCGUGUCACUUUGUUUUCUCCUAACCUCUCACAGCACCUCUUGUAUGUUAGGGUAACCUUUUCAAUAAAUACAUGUUCUAUUUAUUUUGACACAAGUAUAGUUACUUUGAAAAAAAAUAUGUUUGGCUUAUAUUAUCUAUAUGAAGCUAUUAUUAAAGGUCAAUUAAAUCCUGUUAGUUUGGUUUAUGUUCAUGAACCAGGACAGGUUAAACAGCUUGAGGAUAUCCUUCAAACUUUUUUCAAGGAAUUAAAAGGAAUUUAGGUAAACUAGUUUAAGUCACAAUCACUUAUCAUUGUAAAGGCCAUAUUGAUUAUCGAUUUAGCUCAUUUGAAGUCUCCCAAACAUAGGCUCAAAAAAUAAUACGAAUAUUAAAUAACACCAAAAAAUAAACACCAUUAUCAGCACAAAUAUGAUGCAUUAUUUCUAGCUAUAGCCAUUUUGCUAUGGAAGACAGUUGUAAUGUUUUCGCAGUAUACAGUACAAAAUUGAACAGUCUCUAUAGGUGAAAGUCAGGUGACAUGUUGACUUGUAACAUCAAGCGGUGUCACAAUGUCUAUGCAUCAUUGCGUGGAGUGGUCUUGUUUUCCCAGUCAAGUACAUUCUAAUCCUCUGUGUUGAUCAGCCAUACACUCCAUAGAAGGGUCAGUGAACUUUUGUGUACUAUUAGAUGGUAAACAUUUUGUGUAAAUACAUUUAAAGCAUAAAUAAUAUGAUGAAACUGUACAUAGCUGUAUCAUACUCUGACAUUUUCCAGUGUUUGGGAAUUGCGAAGAAUUAUUGAGUCUGUAUGCAUGGAAGAAAAAACAAAAUCAGAUUUCUUCCAGUUUUUUUGUUAGGAGGGUUAGAAAGAAUGUUUGUGGUUCGUAGAAGAAAAUAAUUUUUCUCUAGGCAGUUGUUUGAUAAAGCUUGCCAAAUUUAUAAUAGUAUAUUUAUUUGAUUUAGUUUGAUUCGUCAUUUGGGAAAAACGUUUCUAGAUUCUGGCUGUUGAUUAAUGCAGACAAAGCAAAGCAAAUCAUAAGAAUUGCAAGUAAGUUUAAAUUCAGGUGCUUUCACAGGUUGUUUUGAACCAGUACACUGUGGGCAGGCCUGGUUAGAGAAAUAUUAGCUUUUCCUCGGAAUUGUCAUUUUCUACCAUUUGAAGGUGAGGGCAGACAAAGCUACACGAUUGUCCAUCUACCUUCAUCCAUUAAGUCACGUGUCAAAACUAAAAUGUCAUGUAAAUAGUGCCGCGGGUUGUUCCUAAUUAUCACAUUCUGUGUGUCGCCAGUGAUGAUGUAAACAGGUGAUAAAUCCAGGCAGGAAAACUUAAUAAACAAUCAUUGAUGUCUGGAGAAUAAGAGUUUGAAAGUCAA